AUGAUCAACCCAUACCUAUCUAGACUAAUCAGGCAGGCUACUAUGUAUACAUGUAUGUAUGGCCGAUUAGCUACGGUUAUACGGUGUGAUAAGUACUGGGGGGUUUGGGGCAAAAGUACAUAUGAAAAAGAGGAACUGACCCUUGGGGAUAUUCAUAUUACAGAUUAUUAUACAUGGGGGAAUACGCCUAGUAAUUUGUUAUUAUCAAUUCGACCAGGGAUUUGA